CCUGGGCGGGUUCCCACCGCGCCUCGUGUUUGCCGGCGGGGCCCUGCCUGUGAGGAGGCCUGGCCCAGGACACUCGCACGCGCGCGCACCUCCCUGGGAGGGCGUGCCUGGCUGGGCGUGGCCUGUUAGGGCUGGGUUGUGACACCGCCCUCCCGGUUUCGCGCCUGCGCGGACGCGCGCGGAGCUCGGGCACCUUCCUGACCCACACGCUCACUGGGGCUCAGACCCAGGCUCCCUAAAACAUGGGCCGGGACUCACCGCAGGCCCUCGGGUGCUUGGUAUCCGUGUCAUGUGUUCUACUGCCGUCUACACUUGACUGUUUCUGAGUCUCGUUCACUGAGCGCCUGCCGCGUGCCAGGCCCAGGGCUGGGUGUUCGGGGACGGCCUAGAGGCUCUAUACUCUGCACAUAACCACCAGCAAAGUUUUGGAAAACACAGCAGCCAGGACCCAUCUCUGUAGUGACUUUGCAGGUGAUUCUCGGGCAGGGCCAGAGUGAAGCACCUCUGCUGUGAUACAUGUUUUGAGCACCUGCUGUGUCUCAAGCCCUGUCCUAGGCACCGGAGGUGAGAUGAAGAAAAGAUGAGUUGAGGCCUUGCUUACGUUUAUCCUGCAACUCAUGACGAGGCUUACUCUGCAACUCCAGUGCUCGGCUUUUUACACAAAACGGGCAUGCAGGAGAUUAGAAGCCAGUGGGCACGAGCGUGGCUGCCACCAGGUGAAUGCCUGUGCCCUGGCAUCCUGGGGCCCAGAGGACCAGGAACCUUCAUCAAGAGGCUGCCCCCCAGCACCGAGGCCAGAGAGUGGCCAGGGGAGGCUAAGUACGGGGAUUUCUCAGAAUGGUGGAAGGAGCUCAGCCCAGCCUUGCCCAAGAUGUAUUGCAGGGGAAUCUCAUCCAGGGCGUCCGCUCCUGCCCAGGGUUGGGCUUCUUGCUCUCCCUGUCGUGCGCUGUCUGGGGCUGCAAGUCCCGCGGAGGAUGAUCGCCAUCGCUAGGAGGCUUCCUUUCCUGCCACCAAUGGCUCCCACGCUCGGCCGUCACCUGGGCUGCAGGCUUCUCCGUUCCCGGCUCCGCGCGGCUUGCGUGUGCACAGGCCACACAGUAACCAAGUGUAAAAUGGAAAUGAAGCUGCACCUUGCAAAUUCAAAGCAAUUAAAUGAAACCUUAGGGGGAUGCCAGAGGUCUCCAAAAUAAUGAAAAGAAGGUACGUGAAAAGGGGAGGAAGGCUUAUAAGGCAGAAAACUGUAGAAAGGAUUUAGGAUAUUGGUUGAGGGGAGAUGUGAUGAUAUUUCGUCAGCACCGUGUUUUCCUAGUGGUCUCUGGUCUCUGACGUUUAGUAGCCUCUCAGUGCUGGAAUCCUCUGGAGAAGGGGCCACGCUCAGAUCUUAUUGGGUCACCGGUCAGCCCGUUGCCUGUUUUUUUCUCAGCUCCGACCUCCUUUGUCUGCCCUUCCUCUGUGUUGUGGAGACUGUGUUUCCCAGACUCCUUUGCUUCUGACUUCUGGGAGAAUCCAGCCAACAUGAGGCAUUGGUGGGACACAGGAAUGUGGGGGAGAAGGAGGAGGAGGCCAGAGCAUUUCUCUCUCUCUCUCUCUCUCUCUCUCUCUCUCUCAGCCCUUCCCCGGGACAUAGCUCCUGCAGUGUAGUGCCUCUGGGCCCAUCUCUUGCGAGGUCCACUUUCUCCUCCCUUUGUCCUCCUGGUGAGUGUUUGGCUCCUGUACUAGUCCAUUUUCACAUCACUAUAAAGAACUACCUGUUGCCUGUGAUUCCAGCUUGGGAGAAUGGGCAGGAAAAUUGCUUGAACCUGGGAGGUGGAGGUUGCAGUGAGCCAGGAUUGUGCCAUUGCACUCCAAACUGAGUGACAGAACGAGACUCCAUCUCAAAAAAAAAAAAAAAAACACACACACACACACAUACACACACAAAAACUACCUGAGACUGGAUAAUUUAUAAAGAAAAGAGAUCUAGUUGACUCACAGUUCCACAGGCUGUACAGGAAGCAUGGCUGGGAGGCCUCAGGAAACUUACAAUCCUGGUGGAAGGUGAAGGGGAAGCAAGCACGCCUUACCAUGGCAGCAGGAGAGAGAGAGAGAGCCAGAGGGGAAGUGCCAUACACUUUCAAACAACCAGAUCUCAUGAGAACUCACUAUCACGAGAACAGCAAGGAGAAGUCCGCCCCCAUGAUCCAGUCACCUCCCACCAGCUCCCCUCCAACACGUGUGGAGUAUAAUUCCAGAUGAGAUUUGGGUGGGGACACAGAGCCAAACCAUAUCAGCUCCCCCGUUUGGUUUCUCAUCUCUUCCAUCAUUUGUGUAGCCAAAUCCUGUUACAGUCCCUCUGUUUGAAAUACACCUAGAUUGGUUUCUGUUUUCUUACCUGUGCUAAUCAGCUAAUGAAUGGACAGAUUCUCCUGGGGAGAAAAGUUGCUGUUUCUAACAGAGGUCUCCAGGCCUUUGUUGUCCCCUGUAAGGGCCUAGUCAGUAGUCCGCAAUCUUGGCACUCCAGAGUGCUGGCAGGGUUGAUCCUGGUGAUAAGCCACGUGAGUCCCGAGAGCCUGGACAUGAAAGCUAAAAAUACAGUCAGGCCCUUCAAUGUUGCCCAUCGCUAAUGCUCCUUCGCUCCCUUUCAUCUGUGGUUUUUGGUUUUUAUUGCUCAAACGGGUAGGGAGUUACCACUGAAGAGCCAGCAGGCAAAACAUGGUGUUUCCUGGUGCCUUGGAGCCUCCGCUCCCCACCUUGAUUCUGGAUACCAGCAUUGUCAUUAGCCUUAUCUUUUUUUCUUUUUUUUUCAUUGAGGGCAAAUAGCAAACGAGCAGUCUUAAUAAGCCUCCGUAUUAUUCACUUUUUGACAUUGAAAUCUAUUGCCUGACAACAUUUGUGUGUGUGUGGUAUAUAUGGUGUGUGUGCAUGUGUGUGUCUGUGUACGUAUGUAGUGUGUGUGCACAUCUGUGUGUGUGGAGUCAGGCAAUGUAGGAGUAGAAAUUGAGGGCAGGGGAAGGGAGGUGUUUGGUCCAAACCUAUUGUUUUGGUUCAGUUUUCCCUUGUAGGGACACCAGGAGGAGCCAAAGUAUGAUUAUUCCGAUUCUAAAUGGAUGCAUUUUUUCUUUGUAUUUCUUUUUAUCUCCAAAUGGGUUACCUUCAAAGUAUUUCUGUUUAUUUUGUUUACAUAUCUGUACGUUAUUGGUCAUUGCUUUCUACAGCUACAUCAUCUAUAAAUACUGCACUAGAAUAGGAAGCCUGGGAACCCAGUGAUCUCUGCCCUCCGCUGGUGCCUGCAGUGACGGCAGAGAACGCUGCCUGUACUUGCUAGGGCGGGUCCGAGUGUCAAGCUGGGGACGGGACCGAAGAUGGAAAUGUAACGUUCUGACAUCGAUGAACAGAGAUCGAUGCGCAGUGCCCUGCUCUUUGUGUCCUGUCUUGGCCACAGCUGAUAGCAAGCAUCCUUGUCAGUCCUUUCUUCUUCUGUCCUGAGAGAAGAAAAUACAAUCAUGGAGGGAUCAGCGGAAACUUCACUGAUCAUUCUGUAAGAAUCAAGUUGUGCUCCAUGCAUUUCUCCCCCCAGGUUUGUCAAAGAUCCUGGAGUUCAUUGGUCUAACCCUGUCAAUUUACAGAUAAGGAAAGUGAGGUCCCCAGGGGCUAAGCCAUUGGCCUGGCACCGUGGUUGAUGGGGAGGCAGGGGCCUGAGCACUCGGCUUGGAGCCCCCUCUGCUCUCUGCUCGUUUUGGCUGAUCAGUGUGUUUGCAGUCAAGACGCCGGCAUCACUCCCCAACACCGGCGGCCCAGCGUCAGGCUCGAACACCCUCUGAGAAGUGUGGCAGUGACAGUGCGGGUUUUUGUGGACUUCAUCCCCAGACACAGUGAGAAGCUCUUGGCUAAGACACAGAGCUGAUUUACUCACACUGUGAGGGAAUAAGCUGGGAACGGAAGAGUCUGGCUGUGUCGGUAUAGCCAAACACAAAUCCCAGAAUAGACGGGUCUGAAUAGACCGCUGACAAAAUCUUCAGAUUUAGCUUCUAGCAGUGGCUGACAGUGAGUACUUUCUCUGGAAUAUGGAUAUUGAAAAACUACCUUUAAAAAAAUUUUUAACUGUUAUUUAGGUCAUUUUCUGCUGCCGAAGGAGCUGAGGGGCUUCAGAUGACUAUAAGAAAAAAGUUCAAUUGGGACUUCCUACAAACAUGUUAGCUAAAACCAACACAGAUGUGUCCCCCUCCUGCUGCAGAGACUCAAGGUAGACUGGGAUAAAAAACAUGCAGCUGAUCAUGUAAUAGGUGAAGAGAGAAAUCAAAAGUAGAGCCGUUGGGACCAACACACUCUUUAGUGGCCGUUCCUGGGUCUGGGUACUUGUUGGGUUUGGUCCUAGAAUGCACCCAGGGCUGGGAACUGGAAUGCUCAUGUCCAGAGAUAGAUGUGGUUUUGGCCUAACAGGUGUGGGAGCUAGAAUUUGGAUCCUUGCAUUAAGUUUAGAGCCUGAAGAUCUGAUUAUACCCUAAAAGGGGACGGGAAAUUACAAUACCAGGCCAUGCAUGGGUGUGGGUUCCAAGUUUAUUUUAUCUCAAUCGUAUAGGAACCAAACGUAGAAGCCCUGCCAUAAGAACAGUUGCAGCCCAUUGAAGUCCUGAAGGCCUCAGGUGGUGGCAGGUGUGGAACUGUCCUGUAGGCAUGACUCCACCACCCACUGUGUAGGAGAUUUGGAGAUAAAACAGCCCCCACGGAGGAUAAGAUCACAAUAGAAAAAUAAGCACAUAAACAAAUCUACCAGCCUGGUGAGAAGAGGGGUCAGGAAAUAAACAGUAGAAUCGAAAUCUCCAACAAUCUGAAAUAAUUGAAGAACCUGAAGUUGGAUAUAAAGUACAGGCACAACUCAUUUUAUUGUACUUCACUUUAUUGUGCUUUGAAGGUAUUGUGGUUUUUACACAUUGAAGAUUUGUGGCAACCUUGCAUUGAACAAGUCUGUUUGGUGCCAUUGUCCCAAAAGCAUAUCCUCAUCUCAUGCUUCUGUGUCAGCAUUUUUAAACAACAAAGUAUUUUUAAAUUAAGGUAUGUACAUAUUUUUAGGCAGAAUGUUGUUGCACACUUAAUAGACUACAAGCAUAUUGUAAACAAAACUUGUAUAUGCACUGAGAAACCAAAAAAUUUGUGUGACUCACUUUAUUGCAGUGUUCUGCAACCAAGCCUGCCAUGUCUCUGAGGUAUCCUGUAGUUAUUUUAUAAAAUGAUUAAAGAAGAAAUAGAGCCAUAGUAAGAAAGGAAGACAGUUUGAAAAAAAUAUUGGAAGGUUUUUUUUAAAAAGAACUAAAAGUGCAUGAUAUCUUCAUUGAAGUUUUUUUAAAAAGUCAUCAGAUUAGACACAGUUAAACACAGAAUUAGUGAAUUAGAAGAUAGAGCUAGAUAAAUCCCCCAAGCAUAGCAAGAGAGGUAAAAAGAUGGAAGGUAUAAAAGUGUAAUUAGGAGUCAUAGAGGAAAGAAUGAGAAUGCCCAUUAGGAAAUCCAGAAGGAAGGACUUUAGAGAAUGUUUGAGUAGAAUAGUUGAAAAGAUAAUGGCUGAGAAUUUUCCAGAACUGAAGAAAGGCAUACGUGGUCAGACAAUUUUGAAGUAGAAUAACAAGCAAGGGAAAUUAUCCAUCAGAUAUCAAGAUAUAUUACAAAGCUGUGACCAUUAAGACAAUGUGUUAACUGGCCUAAGUGUAGACUAACCAAUGAAAUAAAAUUUAGAUCUUUAAAUAUGCAUAUAUGGCAGUUUGAAGGCAUUAUAAAUGAGAUUUACAUACACCUAUAAAUUGUGCCAUGGCAAUUAGUUAUCCAUGUAUGAGGAAAGAUAAAAUUAGAUCUCUGCCUCACACAAAAUCAAUUCUAGGAGGUGGGAGGUGGGGGUGGGAGUUAAUAAGAACCUAUGUAUCAAAAAAAAAACAACAAAAAACCUUUGUUAGUAGAAAAUAUAGAAUAUGACGGCCAGGCGCGGUGGCUCAUGCCUAUAAUCCCAGCACUUUGGGAGGCCAAGGUGGGCAGAUCACCUGAGGUUGGGAGUUCAAGACCAGCCUGACCAACAUGGAGAAACUGCAUCUCUACUACAAAUACAAAAUUAGCCAGGCAUGGUGCAUGCCUAUAGUCCCACCUACUUGGGAGUCUGAGGCAGGAGAACCGCUUGAAUCCAGGAGGCAGAGGUUGCGGUGAGCCGAGAUUGUGCCAUCGCACUCCAGCCUGGGCAACAAGAGUGAAACUCUGUCUCAAAAAAAAUAUAUAUAUAUAGAAUAUAACUGCAUAUAUUAAGACAUGCUACAUAUCAGAAUUCUUUCAUCAUUGUCUAAGAAAAGCUUUUUGCAGGAAAGAUAUUUACAGUGCACAAAAUAUAAAGAUGGGUAUCUUGAAUAAAUAUGGAAAUCAGUCCAGUAAAUAAAUGGGCAAAGUAUAUGACCUGGCAGUUCAGAGAAGAGGAAACUCAAAAUAGCCAAUAAAUAGGUGUUCAACCUCAUUAGUAAUUUAAGGGCUUGCAAAUUAAACCAUCAAAUUAGCAAAAAUAAAAAUGGUGCUAUAAGUGUAGGUGAGGUUGUAGAGUGAAAAGAUGUGUUCACUUCCUCAGAAGCCAUGUAAAUGGGUAAAGCUUAUGGUGGGCAUUUCUGGUGAGCUAGAAGAUAUGGUCCUAGGUGUAUACCCUAGUAGAUGCCCAAGAAAGUGUAUACAAAAUAUUUGUUGUAUUUGGGAGGCUGAGGCGGGAAAUCAUUUAAGGUCAGGAGUUUGAGACCAGCCUGGCCAAUAUGGUGAAACCUCAUCUCUACUAAAAAUACAAAAAACAUUAGCUAGGCAUGGUGGCGUAUGCCUGUAGUCCCAGCUACUUGGGAGGCUGGGGCAAGAGAAUCACUUCAGCCUGUGAGGUGGAGGUUGCAGUGAGCCAAGAUCCCGCCACUGCACUCCAGCCUGGGUGACAGAGCAAGACUCUGUCUCAAAGCAAAAAAAACCAAAAUAUUUGUUGUAGCACUGUUAGUGUAAGAAAAGUCAGAAACAACCUAAAUGUUCAUCAAUAGAAUGGAUAAAUGAAUUGCAAUAUAUUUACUCAAUGAAAUGUUAUAGAGAGCAGUGAAAAUGGAUCAAGUAGAGAAAAAAGCAAAUUAUAGAAGGAUCUAUGUAGAAUGACACUAUCUAGAUACAAUUUUAAGCAUGGGAAACAUUGACAUAUAUCUACUAAAGGAAUAAAAACAUUUGUGAGAGUGGUAAACAACUUCAAAACAAGGAAGUUAUUUCUACUGAGUGGAAGGGCUCAGGGUGCAGUGUUUUGGUGAUAUCUAAUGUUUUAUCUCCUAAGUUUUGUGAUGGUUCAUGAAUGUUUGUUAUGUUGUCGUCUGUACCUUUUUUUGUAUGUCUGAAGAAUCACAGUGAGUCUUGGGCGUGGUGUAUCCACACAUAAAUAGGUCAUCAUGACACUGGAGGACAUCAAAGGCAGAGAAACAUCUGUAGAGCUGCUAGAGAGAAAUGACUGGCUAAGCAUGAAGGGAUGAUAAUUUGACAACAGAUCUCUCAUUAGUAGCAAUAGAUGCCAGAAGAGCUUGGAAUGCAUCUUUGAGCUGCUAAGGGGACUGCACUGUGACAUGCAUGUGGACAGGCUGCACCAGGUCUGGGGCUGCGAUGGCCACUGCAGUGGGGUUCCUCUCCCCACCCCAGAAAAUUCAGUUACCAAAACUGACUCAAGAACAGAGAACAGAAUCAGAUCAGUAACAAUGGAAGGAUCUGGGAAGGUUAUCAAAAAGCUCCCAUCACAGGGAUUUUACAGAUUUUAAAAACCCUGUAUGAAAGAACACAUGGAUGAUUUAACAUUAGAAAAACGACUACCUUGUCUGAUCAAAAGGAAAAAAGAGAUCAUCUAUUAGAUGCAGAAACAGCAUACAGUCAGAUGCUAAUCCCAUUCAUGAUAUAUAUUUAAAAACUCCACAAACCAGAAAUAGAAGGCUUUCUUCUGGUAAAAACUAAGGACGUGAUACUUAGUGGAAGGAUCUGUGUUGAAGAGAAAAGGACGAGAAUGCUAUUAGCACUUCUGCUCGGUAUGCUAGGGCUCCUAGCUGGCAUAAUGCGAUAAGAAAAAAAAGAAA